AUGAACAACUGUAAAAACGAUACUAAGGUGCAAUCCGUGCUAGCAAUACCUUACAAAAGAACAACAUGCCCCACCUGUGGCAUGGCAUACAGUUUACAAGUACGUGCUGAUGUGCAACUGCACAAGAAGUACCACACACAAUUUACAAGCGGUGUGACAUGGCCACAGUCACUCAAUAUGAAGCCAUUGAGCUCAUUUACUAUUGUACGAAGAGAGAGGACCAACAAAUUGGGGAAAUUAAAGGGCUCGGUUUCGUGCAAACGUUAUAAAGUUCAUAUCCAGACAAUCGAUAAGCUCAACAAAAAACACAUUGAAAAGGUAGAGCAAAUACUAUCCAUGGUCAAUAAGGAGCUCAAUGCAGUCGAGGAUUCUAAAGAGUGGGCCUCGGGCAAAUUCGAAUCUAGUAAAGCAUUUGUUGUUUUAGUUGAAGGAAAAGCAGUGGGUCUAUGUACGACAGAUUCUAUAAACGGGGCUAAAUGGAUGAUCUACAAGUCACAGAGCGUUGUACCUAACCAGAAUGUGAAGAAUGUACGCAUAGGCAUUUCUCGGAUUUGGAUUUCAACCGAUUGGAGACAACAAGGGUUGGCAAAAGAAAUGUUAAACUGUGUCAUGAAGCACUCCGUUUAUGGACAAGUUUUGCGCAAAAGUCAAAUUGCCUUUAGUCAACCGAGUUAUAGUGGCACCCUUUUGGCCAAAUCAUUCAAUGGUGUUCGUCAUAAAAGUGGCGAAUAUUUGAUACCAGUUUAUAUUCAGUAG